UCAACAACCACUUUUUCAAAGACUGAUAGAAUGGUAAGCGCUAGUGCAAUGCGUGUUGCGCAACCCGCAAUCCUCUCCUCCUAUGUGGGUACCCACUUGCUUCACUCCCCGCAGCCUCUUCACCACCUCUUCCGCUUCAACCCAGGAAGCAAGCAUGUCUCCAUGCAGUUAUCGAGAGGAUUUUCUGGACUGACCGACCUCUUGUUCAAUGGGAGUAGAAAUGCAAAUGAAGGUCUACAUGCCAAACGAAAACGUCUAAGGCCUGGAAAAGUUUCACCUCGUCGCCCUGUUCCAGAUCAUAUACCAAGGCCUCCUUAUGUAAAAUCUAAAAAACCGCCUGGAAUUGCGAGUGGACCUGAAGUGCAUGAUGAGGAGGGGAUAGAAUGCAUGAGAGCCUCCGGAAGGCUUGCGGCACAGGUUCUUGAAUAUGCUGGGACUUUGGUCAAGCCAGGCAUAAAGACAGAUGAAAUUGACCAAGCUGUUCACCAAAUGAUAAUUGAUAACGGGGCCUACCCGUCACCACUUGGCUAUGGUGGAUUUCCAAAGAGCGUCUGCACAUCAGUGAAUGAAUGCAUUUGCCAUGGAAUUCCAGAUUCACGAGAACUUGAGGAUGGUGAUAUUAUUAACAUUGAUGUUACAGUCUACUUAAAUGGGUACCACGGCGAUACAUCAAAAACUUUCUUUUGCGGAGAUGUUGAUGAUAGAGGCAAGAAGUUAGUUCAGGUAACUGAGGAAUGCCUUGACAAAGCAAUAUCAAUCUGUGCACCUGGAGUGGAGUUCAAGAAAAUUGGUAGAACAAUUCAAGAACAUGCAGAUAAACAUCGUUAUGGUGUUGUUCGACAGUUCGUUGGGCAUGGUGUUGGACGCGUCUUUCAUGCUGAUCCAGUUGUUCUGCACUACAGAAACAAUGAUAGUGGACGCAUGGUGUUAAAUCAGACCUUCACAAUAGAACCUAUGUUAACAAUUGGUAGCUAUAAUCCUGUAAUGUGGGACGACGAUUGGACAGUUGUUACAGAAGAUGGAAGCUUAUCAGCACAGUUUGAACAUACUAUCUUAAUAACCAAGGAUGGGGCUGAGAUACUAACUCAGUGUUAGUGAUUCAUUAUGGUGCUAAACUUUAUACUAGAUACCCAUAAAUUUGCAAUUUCCAAAUUUCUAUUUUGAAUUGGAUAGGCAUCUUCCAACUUAGAAUUUUGUACUGGAGGUUGCACUACAGAAAUCCCUCAUAGCUAGUCUAUAAGUACUGAAACGAUUUACACAUGCUCUUUUGAUGUACUGGAUCGUUUCUUUCAUUAUCAACCCUC